CUACAUAGAAAAUAAAUAGUUUUGUGUUGUUGUCGAACGUAAGCAAAAUUCCGAGUUUUUUUUAAAGCAUCUAUCACCAAUACGGAAAACCAAAAAACCAUUAAAAAACGCAUCAAUUUCUCGACAUCGAAAGCUCAGCCCUGCAUUUGGCAUUGGGCAUUGUGGGCAACAGACGCCAAAAGCAGCAGUGAAAAUACAUUAUUCGCGUUAAUCCUAGGUAUUGGCGGGAUAUCAUUCGAAUAGCGCCAAUUCAUUGUCUUUCAAGGCUUGAAGGCAAUUGUGGAAAUCUUCAAACGCAGUCCACAGCGCACAAACGCAUCAGCACUGGAGCAGGAACAUCCGCCACAAUGAGUUCGCAGUAUUCCAACGUUGAGAACCUUUCGCCCCAAACAAUACGGCAGGUGAUGAAGGAACUACAGGAUAUGGAGACAACACCGCCAGAGGGCAUCAAAGUUAUAAUAAACGAAAGCGAUGUCACCGAUAUACAAGCCCUGAUAGACGGCCCCGCUGGCACUCCGUACGCGGUCGGUGUGUUUCGCGUUAAACUGACGCUCAGCAAAGAUUUCCCACAAACGCCACCGAAGGCUUACUUCCUAACUAAGAUUUUCCAUCCGAAUGUAGCGGCCAAUGGUGAGAUAUGCGUCAACACACUAAAGAAAGAUUGGAAACCAGAUCUGGGCAUUAAACAUAUAUUGUUGACCAUCAAAUGCCUGCUUAUUGUGCCCAAUCCGGAGUCGGCCCUGAACGAGGAGGCGGGCAAAAUGCUGCUCGAACGCUAUGAUGAUUACUCGCAGCGUGCCCGUAUGAUGACAGAAAUUCACGCACAGCCGGCCAAGUGUGCCGCCGCUGCCAGCGAUGCCAAAGAAGAUGAUGGACCAUCGACAAAGAAGCAUGCGGGCCUGGAUAAGAAGCUGCAGGACAAAAAGAAGGAGAAAUUGCUAAAGGAGAAGAAGCGCAUGCUGAAAAGAUUAUGAGAGGCAUAAGAAACCAGAGCACCAGCGAUGUCAAGGAGCGAGUAGAAGAGAAUGAAUGAAUGGAGGCAUUGAAAUAUUAUAGUAAAACGAUCUAGAUAAACAAAAACCGCAGAAAGGCAAACCAGAAGACAACAAAAACUGAACAGGCGCGCUAUUUAAAUUUACACUGAUCUGGGGAUACACAUUCAUUUCAUUCAAAGAUAGAGAAAUAGCAGCUCCCGAAAAAAAAAAACAGAAACAACUCCAACCAACAAUCAAUGCAAAAAUAAUGCAGAAUUGUUUUUUAAACGCUUCUUUGCGGUGCAAUGCUCGCUUCAAAAAGUGCAUCUAGUUUAAUAAUAUUUAACCAACUUUCGCACUCGCCUCGAUAAUGUUGAGUAAUCGCGUCCCAAACGACUAAUGACCCAAUGCAUUUUGUUUUUAUCUGAGGUAACGCUUUUUAUUAUUUUUAAAAUAUAUUAUUUAUGUAUGUAAUUAGAAUAAACAUCUGCAUACCCAGCUCCAAAAAAGAUAAAGCAAAGUAUCAACAAUAAGAAAAUGAAAAAGCAUCACCAAUAGGCACUUACGUGUUUUUACACACAUACAUACACACACAUACACAAUUCCCAUACACACGCAAUGCAUCUACAAAUUGUAAAGUUUAGAAUUUGUGUCCAAACAUUUGUAAUUUUAAUUGAAUUUGUUGUCCACUUGAGCAUUCGUACGUUUUGAAAGCAGUUGUCCAGCAAAAUAGAAUAAGUCACCACACACACACAAAAACAAAUAAACAAGCAAAAAAUAACAAAGAAAGAGAGAAAGCAAGAAGGGGGAAAAACAGUAACAAAUAUAAGCAUGUAUGUAACUAAAGCAGUUAUUAAUGAAUUUUAAGUUCGUAAACAUUUGAAA